GAGAGAUUGGCGUUAGAGGCGGAGAGCUCUGGCACAAUUUCGAUCAAUUGGUUGCAAUAGAGAAACCGGCCGUCUCACCAACUUCCCAUCACACUAAUUCCAUUUUCGUUAUCUGCGGGCCAACGCGGUGCGCUGGGAUCAGUCCGUGGGCUCACACCGCGGGUGUAUGCACAAUUGAAUUCAGCAGCGUGCUUCUUCUGGUUGGGCCGGAGCGGACCCGCAUCGCGGAACCCGAUAACGUGGCUAGGAACUUUCGGGGGAAGAACUGCAGCAGUGUUCGUGAGGGCAAACCUCCAUUUCGCCGGUUGAAUGCAAUUGUUAGGAGUCGAUUGGUAAGCCGAUCGGAAACCCAAAUCAGUGUUGCGUGUCCGGCAGAGUCGGCAGGAUAUGCGGGACGGCCGAUGAUUCCAGUGUCUUGCACAAGUACCGAACGUUGGCAGGUGGCCGAAGCUGUCUCGUGCUAAGCUUCCAGUGGGUCCUUCCGAUCCUGACAUUAAGUGUGUUUGUGCGUGCACGUGUUCGAGUGUCGUAUGUCUAACUGUUCUCUGAAACAUCUGCUUAAGUGCUAACGUAUAGGCAAUAAAACGGUCAGCGGCCUGGCGGACUUGUAAGCCAACGGCAAAAUGGGAAAAAUCGAAUGGGCACCACUAAAUGUGCCGCUCCGACGGCGCCUCGAAACUCUGUCCACGGCUCUGUGGAUGUGGUUGAUCCUGUUCGGUGAACUAGGAAUGCUUAUUUCCUACUUUGUCUUUCUGAUCUACGGUAAUUUGUUUAUUAAAACACUCUGCGUCAUCUACGGAUACUUCAUCUACACGGAUCGUAAAAUUACAACCAACGGUGGCCGUGGCCAAGGUGUGAAUUGGUGGCGCGGACUGUUCUGGUGGCGUCUCUAUCGGAGCUACUUUCCGGCAACGCUACACAAAACGGUCGAUCUCGAUCCCAACCGGAACUACCUGUUUGCCGCGUUCCCGCAUGGUGUUCUAGGACUCGGAGUUUUCAUCAAUUUCGCCACCAGCGUGACUGGUUUCGCCGAACAUUUUCCCAAGAUCAGGUCCCGGCCCGUGACACUCAACUUUCACUUCGUUAUCCCGUUCUUUCGUGAGCUGUUGCUUUCGUGGGGACUUGUCUCUGCCAAUCAGAACAGCAUUUUGAGUCUGCUGAAGGCGUCGAAUAAACCCGACCAUCCACUGAACGCCGAUGGCUACACAGGCAAUGCGGUCGUGAUCGUCGUUGGCGGUGCGGCAGAGUCCCUGCAUUGCCGGCCCAACAACUAUACGCUGGUGCUGCGAAAGCGCAAAGGUUUUUGUAAGCUGGCCAUUAAAGCCGGUACACCGCUCGUUCCCGUGAUGACAUUCGGUGAAGUCGACCUAUUCGAUCAGCCGCCGAAUCCGCCGGGUUCGAAGUUGCGCCGGUUCCAGGAGUUCGUGAAGAACACGACGGGAAUAGCACCGGCGGCAUUCGUUGGUCGCGGAUUCUUCCAGUACAGUUACGGCCUGAUACCGCGCCGGAAACCGCUUAACACUGUCGUCGGAGCUCCGUUGGAAGUGGUGCAGUCGGAUAACCCCACCAACGAGCAGAUCGAUGAAGUGCACGAUCGAUUCUGUCGCGAGCUGGAUUUGCUGUUCGAAACGCACAAAGCACGCUUCAUCACCGAUCACAAGAACGUGAAGCUCGUGCUGGAAUAAACGACUGAAAGACCCUGUGGUAGGAUCAUUCGAUUCCUGGCGUAAAGCUACAGUUGGAGAUAAAAGACUUGGGAAGGCAAAGAUUUUUGUACAUUUUAUGCUGGUUCAUAGAAUUUGCGGUUUGCCCGGUUGGUACUAUUUAUUUAGCAAAGAGCAAAAUGGAAGGCUAUUGAUCUUCAGGAGUCAUAACUUCUGCACUUGGUUCGAACAGGAUAACAGAACAUCGUACGCUAAUACUGUAAAAUCAGAACCUGAAGCUUAUUACUGUUUUUUUGGUUACUUCCUCGUUGUUCGUUGUAUGCACGCUGUUUUUGUAGUAAAUUGGUUUCGUAAUUAAUGUAGGAUUAAUGUGCAUGGUUUUACGGUAGUAGAGGAUGAGAAUAGGAACAGUUUUCUGGUUAAACGUAUGUGACCUAUGGUAAGAUACCAUAGCAGUAAUAGGACUAUCGUGAGAACGUGGCUUGACUAAUAAAAUGAUAAGAC